CAAGCUAUAUUGUACAAAGCAGGCACCGUAGCUGUGCUUGGUAGUCCACUAUAACUGCCAGAACGUGGUCAUCCAGCCAAUCACUGUGCUUAUGGCAGCACCCGGCAACGCAGGCUCCAGAUGAAUGACGAGCCACAGCUAGCCCAGCUUGCUGUUACUAGCAACAGCGACCACUGCAUCAGCGACUGCUAGCACCGACAACCUACUACUGACACGCGCCACAAGGCGAACCUCGACGACGACAACAGAACAACAAGAAAUACCACCCGACCGAUCCCCCAGACCCACGUCAAUUACAAUCGCGCAUCUGAGCGCUCGCGAUACAACACACGGAAACAUAUCGAUCAAGCCAUUUAAUACCAUCACAAGAAAACAUCCGCCAAGAUGGGCGACGUCCUUGUCGAGACCCCGGCCAGUGUGACCCAGCCUCAAAAGAAGUCCGCCCCUUCGGCGAUCCCCAACAUCGAGACCUUCGAGGGCGUGUCAACAGAGGGCGGCGAUGACUACAUUACCUUGAAGAAGCUUCAGAGGCAGCUAGAAUACAUCAAGCUGCAGGAGGAAUACAUCAAGGAUGAGCAGAGGAGCUUGAAGCGUGAGCUUGUACGUGCCCAGGAGGAAAUCAAGAGGAUUCAAAGUGUCCCCUUGGUGAUUGGACAGUUCAUGGAAGCUAUCGAUCAAAACACGGGUAUCGUUCAAUCCAGUACUGGCUCAAACUACGUCGUCCGUAUCCUUUCGACUCUCGAUCGCGAGCUCCUCAAGCCCUCAUCCUCCGUAGCGCUCCACCGUCACUCUAAUGCCGUCGUCGAUAUUUUGCCGCCCGAGGCUGACUCCUCGAUUGCUAUGCUCGGUGCCGACGAGAAGCCCGACGUUACAUAUGCCGAUGUUGGAGGGUUGGAUAUGCAGAAGCAGGAAAUUCGGGAAGCCGUUGAGCUGCCCCUAACACACUUUGAUCUUUACAAGCAGAUCGGCAUUGACCCCCCGCGCGGUGUCCUUCUCUACGGUCCUCCCGGUACCGGCAAGACAAUGUUGGUCAAGGCGGUCGCAAACUCGACGACAGCGAACUUUAUCCGCGUCGUCGGUUCCGAGUUCGUACAAAAGUAUCUCGGUGAGGGUCCUCGCAUGGUGCGCGACGUCUUCCGCAUGGCUCGUGAGAACGCGCCCGCCAUCAUCUUCAUCGACGAAAUUGAUGCCAUUGCGACCAAGCGUUUCGACGCGCAGACGGGUGCCGAUCGUGAGGUGCAAAGAAUUCUGCUCGAAUUGCUCAACCAGAUGGACGGUUUCGACCAGACCGCCAACGUCAAGGUGAUCAUGGCCACCAACCGUGCCGACACCCUCGAUCCCGCCCUGCUGCGUCCCGGUCGUCUUGAUCGCAAGAUCGAGUUUCCCAACCUGCGCGAUCGCCGCGAGCGCCGUCUCAUCUUCACCACGAUUGCUGGCAAGAUGAGCUUGGCCCCUGAGGUCGACCUUGACAGCUUGAUUGUCCGCAACGAUCCUCUCAGCGGUGCCGUCAUCGCUGCCAUUAUGCAGGAGGCCGGUCUGCGCGCAGUACGGAAGAACAGGUACAACAUCAUCCAGGCUGAUUUGGAGGACGCCUACAGCAGCCAAGUGAAGGGUACGAGCGACGAGAACAAGUUUGAUUUCUACAAGUAAACCAUCGGCGUCAUGGGCUAGCUGUGUUGGGGUCGAGGACCACGGAACAUGUGGGAGAUUGCAUUUUGGGUGGGUUGGUGCUAUGCUUCUUGCUGCCUUGGGAAAAUAUAGUUUGUGCCCCAGAUCAGCAGGGACUAUAGACUUUCAUAGAAGCGAACCAAUUUGUACACUAGCGAAUAAAUCUAGAGCGGUACCAACAUAUAUAUAUAUGUGCGUACCUCUCUGGAGUUGCUCCAACUGAAAAAGUAGUAACACCCAAACGAAAAGAAGCAAGAUGCCCUGGCUCCCAGCUGAUACUAUUUACAUGUUCAGAUCAACUUGCUCGGCGAAAUUGAGUUCUCAGUGCGCUUUCUUUCUCUCCAGGUCAUGGUAUGCCACCAUUUAUCUUGAUACAUAUGUAGAUACAUCUACGGCUGUAUGGUGGUUCUCCGUUCCCGAAACGCCGUAGCUAUAGCAAAUCCCAUUUAAAUGAAGGGAGGAUAUGUCGGAAAAAUGUAAUGUGCUUCAAUAUAGAUUCUUGUCUACUGAAAAAUGAUAAGGUCGGCUUGGAGAACAUUUCUUGUCAGGGGGGAGGGAGGGGAAGAGAUGAUAAGAAAGGGUAAGACACCGUAUCUACAGCAUGUCCUCCCUUAUGGAUGGCAAGAGAGGCCAGGGUCGGGUCGUACUUGGGUAUUCCAGCGAGUAAAAUCCGAU